AUGGACGCGGAGAGGGAGGCCCUGUUGGGCUCUGCCUGCCCCGAGCUGCUGACCUUCUGCCAGAAGCAAGGCCUGCCCUUUGAGGCCGUGGACCUGCGCUGGGGCACCCGGAACUCAGAGGCCGCUGACCAGUUGACCGCUGAACUGUGCCUGGAGGAGCUGGAGCGCUGCCAGAGGACGUCCCUGGGCCCAGCCUUUGUCGCACUCGUGGGCGACCAGUAUGGCCCCUGCGCUAUCCCCCACCGCAUCAAAGAGAAGGAAUGGGAAGCCCUUCGGGCCCAGCUGAGCGCCAGGCCCCGAGACCUGGAGCUGUUGGCACGUUGCUUCCGGCGGGAUGAGAACUCGGUCCCCGCCAGCUACGUGCUGCAGGCAGUGGGAGCCGGUGCGGCCCCUGGGCCCGAGGAGGCCACCCUGAACUCGGUCCUGUGCAGCGCAGCCCAGGAGGCCUGGAGGCUGGGCCUCAUCAGCGAGGAGCAGUGGCAGCGCUACCACCGCUCAGGGCUGCACUGGGAGCUGGAGCGCGGUGUGCUGAGUGGUGCCCCGGGGACCACCGUGCUGCUGCGUGAGAUCCCGGAGCUUGCCAGGCACCUGCUGCAGGAAUGUGCGCUGCCCGUGGUGGACCGGCUGCCCGAUGGCUGCGUGGACGCGGUCGCACAGGGCCACCUGAGCAUCCUCAAGCACCGCAUGGCCCAGGAGUGGCCCGGGGCACUCAGUGUGCACCGCCUGCCAUGGGCCCGCGACCUGGUGAACCCCAAGAACAAGGCCCAUGCGCGAUACCUGCGCGAGCUGGGGCAGAGGUUUGUGGCCAGCGCCUCACUCCAGCUCCUGCAGGUCCUUGGGGAGGGGCCGCCCAUCUCUCCUGACCUGGCCGGGCUCUUCCAGGACAUCCGCCACCACCUGUGGCAGGGUGCCCAGGCCACCAGGGUCUUCUGUGGCCGCCAGGAGCUCCUGGCCCAACUUGGCCAGCGGCUGCGGCAGGAUGACCACCGUGCCCACAGCCCUCUGGUGCUCUUCGGGGCUGCAGGCAUCGGGAAGACCUCAGUGCUGUGCCGGCUGGCAGAACAGGCAGCUGGACUGCUGGGCCGCAAAACGGUGACAGUGCUGCGGCUUCUGGGAACAUCACAGGGCAGUGCAGAUGCCCGCAGGCUCCUGGCCAGCCUGUGUCUGCAGCUGUGCCUGGCCUUCGGGCUGCCCGCACCACCCACCCUGGUGCUGCAGGCCUACACCCGGCUGGCCCACUUCUUCCACGUCCUGCUGCACACUGUGGGCUGCAGGGACUUUGAGUCUCUGGUCAUCAUACUGGAUGCCAUGGAUGACCUGAACCCUGGGUGCCGCUCGCAGGGCAUCCCCUGGCUGCCCCUCACCUGCCCACCGCGAGUGCACCUGGUGCUGUCCACCUGUUCCGGGCUGCAUGGCGCUCUGGACGCCCUGCGAACCACACUCCAGGACCCAGAUGCCUACUGGGAGGUGGGGCCCCUCCAGGCAGACCAGGGCCAAGAGAUGGUGCAGCGCCUGCUGGCUGCAGCAGGGCGCACGCUGAGCCCGGCCCAACGUGACCUGCUGUGGGCCAGCCUGCCGGAGUGCGGGCACCCGGGGCGCCUGCAGCUGGCCUUCCAUGAGGCUCACAGCUGGGCCUCCUUCUCUGUGCCAGCCCCCUUGGCCCCCACCACUGAGGAGGCAACACACCAGCUCUGUGCCCGCCUAGAGCUGACGCAUGACCCGCUCCUGGUUGCCCGUGUGCUUGGCUACAUCGCUGCUUCCCGGCACGGGCUGGCAGAGGCUGAGCUGAAGGAUGUGCUGUCUCUGGACAACGAGGUGCUGCUGGCCGCCUACCGCGACUGGACACCACCCAGCCAGGAGCUGCUGCGCUUCCCGCCGCUGCUGUGGGUGCGGCUUCGCCGGGACCUGAGCCCCUACUUGGCGCAGCGGCCCAUGCACGGCGCCACACUGCUGGCCCUCGCCCACAGGCAGCUGGCUGAGGUGGUCCGCACGCGCUACCUGUCCCCACCCGAGUCAGCCGCACGGCAUGGCGUCCUAGCUGACUUCUUCUCUGGUGCCUGGAGCCAGGGAACCAAGAAGCACAUAGCGCUGCCAUGCACGGGAAGGCCACUGAGCCUGGACCGCAAGGUGGCGCCGCAGCCCCUGUGGUUCUCAGACUCCAUCGCCAAUGAGCGGAAGCUGGCGGAGCUCCCCUUCCACCUGCUGCACGCUGGACGCACUGAGGAGCUGCUGCGGGACGUGCUGGGAGACAUGAGCUGGCUGUCCUGCCGGGUGCUGUCCGGUGGCCUCGAUGCCCUACUGGACGAUGUGGACCUGUGUGUGCCCCAUGUGGAUGGCCCAGAACUAGGCCUGGUGCGUGAGGCGCUCGAGCUCUGCCGCCCAGCCCUGGAGCUGCGGGGUGCAGAGAGAAGCGUGUUGUAUUCGGAGAUGCUGGCCAGGCUACAGCCCCUCGCUGCCUCGUGCCCAGCGCUGGUGGGGCCACUCUGCCAGCAGGCCCAGGCCUGGCUCCACACCUGCCCACAGCCGCUGCUGGUGCCACUGGCUGGGUGCCUGCAGCCCCCUGGCGGGGCCCUGCGUGCCACUCUCACGGGCUGUCACAGAGGCAUCACCGCCCUGGCGUGGAGCCCAGAGGAGCGGCUGCUGGUGGUAGGCACCCAGGACGGCAUGGUGACUGUGUGGGAUGUGCAGGAGCAACACGCAACCCACGUUCUCAUGGGACACACAGGUGAGGUGACAUGUGUGGCCGUGCUCGCCCGGGGGACCCUGGCCAUCUCCGCCUCCAGGGACCGCAUGCUGCGCCUCUGGCACCUGCUGUCUGGCCGGGAGCGGUGGACCCUGCGGGACACAGGGCUCCCAGACCCCCAACCCUGUAGUCUCCAUGUGGACGAGGCCCAAGAUGUGGUAUACGUGGCCUGGGGCUCACAGAUCAGUGCUUGGAGCCUACAAACAGCGGCGCUGGUUUUCCGCAUCCCAGGUGACAUCUCUGACCUCUGGGUGUGCACAGCCGUGCUGGCAUCCCACACCCAGCUGCUGACCCUGUCCAGGGGCAGUGUAGUCAGUGUGUGGAGCUUGGCCACUGGACACCUGCAGGGGACAAGACUGCUGUCCAGUGUCCCAGAAGAGACCCCGACUUGUGCAGUCACAGCCCAGAAACAAGGAAGGGUGAUUGCGGGGUUCAGUGGUGGCUCCGUUGCUAUGGUAAACGGAGGGCUCAGAGACCAGCUGCUGGACAGGCUCCCAGGAGCUGCAUGGUUCCUGGCACUGGCCGAAGAUGAGUCCCUACUCGCUGCAGGCUUCGGGAGACACGUCAGGGUGUUUCUGGCUGACACGGCGGGCUUCCGUCGGUUCAUGGCCACCGACUUGGAACACGAGGAUACAGUGGAGACGGCGGUAUUCGGGCCCCAGAACAACCUGAUUGUCACCAGCUCCCGGGAUGGACUUGUUCAGGUCUGGGACCUCAGCUCCCCACAGCAGCGGUGGCGCCCAUCGGCCUUCCUGGACCGCACCGGCCUGGCCACUGUAUCCCACCAAGGGAGCUACGUCUACUUCCCCAAAGUUGGGGACAAGAGCAAGGUCACCGUUUGGGACCUGGCAGAAGGGGAAGCGCAGGACACCCUGGACGCGUCCAGCGAAGUGCGGUGCCUGGAGGUGGCCGAGGGCCCCAAGCUCCUGUUCGCGGGGCUGGCAUCAGGCACGGUGCUGGUCUUCCCCCUGGACUCGCGGCAGGACGUGCUGUGCGUCCCCCCGCCUGAGGCCCGCAAGCCGGUCGUGGGCCUGGCCCUGAGCAAGCGCGAGGACCGGCUGGCCGUCGCCUACGACAACAUUGUGCUGGUGCUGGACGUGGCGCCGGGGGACCCGUGCCCGGCCAUCGAAGGGCCCGAGUACACCUUCUACACACAGCUGCCCGAAACCAUCGCCAGCGUGGCCGCACUGGGUGACCACCGCGUGCUCUACGGCAUGACCGGCGGUGACCUCUUCCUGUACGCAUGCGCAGACUCCCAGGUGUUCCCGCUCGACGCCCACGGCAGCCGCGUCACCUGUGUGGCCGUCAGCCACGGCGAGCAGCUGGCGGUCAGCGGGUGCCAGGAGGGCCGGCUGUGUCUCUGGGACCUGGGCACGUGCGCGUGCAGACUGGAGCUGGGCUAUACGAGCUCCUACUGCCCCGGGGUGCGGUGUGCCUGCUUCUCCAAGGACGACAAGUACGUGUUCGCGGGCUUGCAGGACCGCUCUGUCAUUGUCUGGAGUGUGCUGGACGGCACACUACUGGCCAGCCAGUUUGUCCAUGCAGUGGUGACCAGAAUCACCCCCACUUCCAAUGGCUUCAUCGCCCCUACAAGCCACGGCUACAUCCUCCGGGAGCGGUUCCAGUGCCCAACCUCCAGGGCCUCCCAGCAGGACCCGCUCAGAAAUUUCCAGAAGGCAGUGUGGAGGGUCAAAUGGAGGCAGAAGCAGAAUCUGGCAAUGGGAGGCCCCCAAGACUCAGCAUCUGAGGGAGCCCAGGAAAGGGAGCCCAAGCCCAACAAGCGCUCCCAGGUCUGCCUGAUCGUGUGA